AUGACCUCAAGCGCAGCUUCAGCGGAGGCUGGUCCUUCACGAUCACGGCCUUUCUCAUCCCUCGAAGUCGACCGCACACGAGUCAAGCUCGGCAGCACCGAUGUGGCAAAUGGCAGCGGUGAUGGCGAAGGAGCCUCCCAAGCGGCCGCUUCAUCUUCUGCCGUCCCCGCCACCACUCCAUCCUUCUUCCCGACGCCUGCACUCGAUCACGCCUUCGGCGGCAUCGCAGCCGGCGCCGUCGCUACGAUCUGCAUGAAUCCGCUCGACCUCAUCAAGACCAAGUACCAGGUGGACACCUCACGGCCGCGUCCCAUCUCAUUUCGCCAGCGCAACGGCGCAUCGAUAUACUCGCAAGCUGCAUCCCUCGCCGACAGCAGCGCGGAUCUCAAGGGCAAAGGUCGAGCGAUCGAUGCUGCUGCCACCGGCAAGUCUGCAAGGGGCACACUUCGACAGGCAGCACCGCGCCACAGCUGGAGGUACUACGCGCUAGGAGGCCGCAUCGGCAACGACAUGAUGGGCGCACUCAACGAUAUUGUCAAAGCCGAUGGCUGGAAGGGUCUGUAUCGCGGUCUCAGUCCCAACGUUGCUGGCAACUCGGCCUCGUGGGGGCUCUACUUUCUGUGGUAUACCAUGAUCAAAGAACGCAUGUCUGCCAACGAUACCACUCCCGAUCCGGCCACUGGCGAGCCACGCAAGCUCUCCGCGGGACAGCAUCUCCUAGCAGCAUCGGAGAGCGGGGCGAUCACAGCGCUCAUGACGAACCCCAUCUGGGUGGUCAAGACGCGCAUGUUUACGACUCCACAAUCCGUUGCCAACACCGCAUCUUCGACCACAGCUAAAGCGCCCGAGGUGUACCGCGGGCUGUGGCACGGUCUAGCAUCGAUCUACCGCACCGAAGGCGUGCGCGGCUGGUACAAAGGCGCCGGUCUCGCGCUGUUCGGCGUCUCCAACGGUGCCAUUCAAUUCAUGGCCUACGAAGAGCUCAAAAAGUGGCGCACGUCCGUGGCCAUCCGCAAUCAGCCCGGAGUGGACACGUCGAUGGUCAAGCUCUCCAACGCUGAGUACAUUGUCAUGUCGGGCGUGUCGAAGGUGGCGGCGAUUCUGUUGACUUAUCCGUACCAAGUGGUGCGGUCGAGGAUUCAGAACCACGCUACGUCGCACAUCUAUCCCAACAUCAGCACGUGCAUUCGGCUGACGUAUACGCAGGAGGGGUUGCGGGCGUUUUACAAAGGGUUGGUGCCGAAUCUGGUGAGGAUUCUGCCCGGGACAUGCGUGACGUUUGUCGUGUACGAAAACGUUUCGUGGGCGUUGAAGGGGUUGGCGCGGCGUCGGAUGCUCAAGCAGCAAGUGAUCGAGACAAACACCGCCGUAUAG